AUGGGCGAUAAGGAGGGCGAAAUUCCGAAAGAAUACCGUGGCGUGCUUCCCGGAAACCCCAAACCUAAGAAACGGAGGAUAUUGUUCGAAGAGAGUCGCCGAGACAAUGGGACCGACUUUGAGCAGGAUGAUGAGCCUUUUGACAGAGAUGAAGAUGAAGAUGCAUUCGAAGAAUGGGAGAAUUGGAAAGAGUACGAACGUCUUCUGAGGAGGGCUCAUUUUGAGCUGGCUUCGAGGACUACGCCUCAGAGGACGGAAGCAGAGGCAACUCCUGCGGGGCAAGGUGUACCAUGCAUCAUCAAGGCCCAACUCCCCCAGACCUAUCAGGCUCAGGGUGUCUUUGAAGAUGGCCUUACAGGGAGAUUCAAGAGAGCCCGGAGUUCUGAGGAGGCAAUAGACAUGUCCAAAAGCAUGCUCGGGCGCCGUUUCAGGACAACAGAGACGGGCGACGGUCUCCUUGUUGAAAAGGUUUACGUCACCGAGAUGAUUAAAAGCCGUUGUAAAUGGCACCUGACAAUCACAUUUGACCGAGAAAGGUACUGUCCAGUCAUUAUCGCAUCGCGAACUGGCGGGGAAGCCUUAGAUCAAGAACAGCCCGAGAGAUUGCGUACAACCAAGUUCGGACUGACUGAAGGGAUCACUUCAGAAGUUGUCGACGAAGUCUCUAAAGUCCUCCAUGCAAGUCCCGCAGAGAAGGAGAACCUGAGAAGCGUCCUUCGGGGGUUGUGCCAGGUUUUCAAGAGCAAAGACGUAACUUCGCUCGAAGUUUACCCUAUCAUCAACGCCAUCGAUGAGACGAUUACCUGUGUCGACACCAAGAUUACCAUAGACGAUGCAGCUAGUAAGAGACAGGAGGACAUAUUUGCUCUGAGAGAUCGGGCGCAUGACGUUCCUGAAGAGGCGGAGGCCGAGAAAUACGGCUUGGUAUACGUCAAGAUGGACGGUAACAUCGGCAACGUGGUAAACGGUGCUGGGCUCGCGAUGGCCACCAACGACGCCAUCGCUCUUCAUGGCGGUGCCAGCGCAAACUUCCUGGACGCCGGUGGCCAAGCGACUAAGGAGACGAUGGUGAAGGCAUUUGAGAUCAUCCUGCGGGAUACCAGAGUCAAGACGAUUCUGGUCAACAUUUACGGCGGAAUCACUCGAGGUGACAUGAUUGCGGAGUCGAUCAUUGGCGCCGCGACCGAGUUGGGUCCAUUGAAGGUGCCCAUGGUCGUGCGGCUUCAGGGUACCAACUCCGAGCUGGGCCUGAAGAUGCUGGAAGACGCGAAACUGGGACUGCACACGGAGGCAGAUUUCGGCAAGGCAGCGCAGAAGGCCGUAGAGCUGGCUAGAUCCGCAACGUAG